GUUCUUCCAUACAAAUUUCCAAUGGUCAACCCACUGCAGCCAGUUCAGGUCCUGGGCGACCAAGCCGUCGAAGAGAAGGGCGAAACCGCGCGUCUCUCCUCGUUCGUUGGCGCGAUUGCCAUCGGCGACCUCGUCAAGAGCACACUCGGCCCCAAGGGCAUGGACAAGAUCCUCCAGUCCCUGUCCAGCCGGGACGGCGCCAUCCAGGUGACCAACGACGGUGCGACCAUUCUUAGCUCGAUUGGUGUCGACAACCCUGCCGCCAAGGUCCUCGUUGACAUUUCCAAGGUCCAGGACGCCGAAGUUGGUGAUGGUACCACCUCUGUCUGCGUGCUCGCUUGCGAGCUCCUUCGCGAGGGCGAAAAGCUCAUCGCCCAGCGAAUCCACCCGCAGACCAUCAUCUCGGGUUGGCGCAAGGCCGUCGAUGUGGCGCGCGCCACCUUGACUGAGGCUGCCCACGACCACGGCUCAGACCCGGCAAAGUUCCGCGAGGACCUUGUCAACAUUGCCCGCACCACGCUCAGCUCAAAGAUUCUGCACCACAACAAGGAGUUCUUCUCCAACCUGGCCGUCGACGCCGUGCUCCGCCUGAAGGGCAGCACCGACCUCGAGCACAUCCAGAUCAUCAAGAAGCUCGGCGGCAACCUGAAGGAUUCCUACCUCGACGAGGGCUUCAUCCUGGACAAGAAGAUUGGCGUCAACCAGCCCAAGCGCAUUGAGAACGCCACCAUUCUUCUCGGCAACACCGCCAUGGACACUGACAAGAUCAAGGUGUUUGGCUCGCGCGUCCGAGUGGACUCGACUGCCAAGGUUGCCGAGAUUGAGUCUGCAGAGAAGGAGAAGAUGAAGGCCAAGGUCGACCGCAUCCUCUCGCACAACAUCAACUGCUUUAUCAACCGCCAGCUCAUCUACAACUACCCCGAGCAGCUGUUUGCCGAGAAGGGCGUCAUGGCCAUCGAGCACGCCGAUUUCGACAACAUUGAGCGUCUCGCUCUUGUCACUGGCGGCGAGAUUUCGUCCACCUUCGACCACCCCGAGCUCGUCAAGCUUGGCAAGUGCAAGCUGAUUGAGGAGAUUAUGAUUGGCGAGGACCGUCUGAUCCGCUUCUCUGGCGUCGCUCGCGGCGAGGCCUGCACUGUCGUGCUCCGCGGUGCCACCCAACAAAUCCUCGACGAGGCCGAGCGCUCGCUCCACGACGCCCUCUGCGUCCUCACCCAAACGGUCAAGGAGACCCGCGUCGUCUACGGUGGCGGCUGCUCUGAGAUGAUCAUGUCCACCGCUGUCGACGCCCUCGCCCUCAAGACCCCCGGCAAGGAGUCGAUCGCCAUCGAGGCCUUUGCCCGCGCUCUCCGACAAAUCCCCACCAUCAUUGCUGACAACGGCGGUUUUGACAGCUCUGAGCUUGUCUCGCACCUCCGUGCUGCCCACUCUGAGGGCAAGCACACUAUUGGCUUGGACAUGGAGAAGGGUAUUCUUGGCGAUAUGGUCGAGCUUGGCAUUACAGAGUCAUUCAAGGUGAAGCGUCAGGUGCUCGUGUCAGCGUCCGAGGCUGCCGAGAUGAUUCUGCGUGUCGACGACAUCAUCAAGGCCUCCCCACGGCGACGCACCGAUCAUUAAGUUGGUCACAAAUCAUACAAACUCCGAGCGCGAUUUCGUUUUGGAUGGAAUCGCGGCAUUGUACUUUUUGGUUUCCUGCUAUCUCUCUCUUGUGGGAAACGUUCACCUCAGCCGUGUCAAAUGUCUGUGUUUGCUUUUUGUGUUUUGCUGAAAACAAAAACGAAGAAAAAGUUCGAAACGCCAAACCUCCCCCUUCCAAAUCCACCGCAACUGUGUGUUGUUACUGUAACAUGCAUUUAGUUCAAG